CUUACUACAUCAGCUCCGGAGCAGGUCACCACACCUCCAGUAUAUCAAAUCAACCUCCAGUGCCCCAGACUACUAAGCCCCCAGUACAACCCACCACCCAAGGCCCACCAAAGAUAAACCAUGACAGGAACUGCCUGACGAAGAAAAUGGAAGGGUACACCAGCAGUGGCAUCUAUACCCUGCAACCGUUCGACUGCUGCCCGGACAGGAAUGUGGACGCCCCCUGUGACAUGACCACGGACGGAGGGGGCUGGACGGUCAUCCAGAGACGCCAGGAAAACCCAUCUCACCAGGAGGACUUCUACAGGACGUGGGACGAGUACGUGGACGGCUUCGGCGACCUGACGGGUGAAUUCUGGCUCGGCCUCGACAACAUCCACGCCCUCACGAACCAGACCAACUACGAGAUCCGCAUCGACCUCGAGGACUGGGACGGCACCGCUAAAUGGGCCCAGUACAGCACGUUCCUCGUCAAAGAUCGAGCCAGUAACUACAAGCUGCAGUUGGGAAGCUACUCGGGCGACGCAGGGAAUUCCUUCGCCUACCACAACAUGAUGCCGUUCUCCGCCAAGGACGGCCCGGUCCUGAAUGAAUGUCCCAAAACGUCCCACGGCGGCUGGUGGUACAACAGCUGCCACUACGCCAACCUGAACGGCGUGUACAGAAACGCCUUCAACUUGGACGGCGACAGCAUCGCGUGGUUCAGCUUCCGGGGACCGAAUUAUUCCCUCAAGUUCUCCGAGAUGAAGAUUCGACCGACGCCAUGACAGGGCAGAUGAGGUCACGGGGCGCGGGUGGGUCCGUCCGCUGCCUCUCGUGAUCUGUCUGCGCGUGAAGGAUGGGGGAAAUGGCUAGGAUGGGGGUUGUUCUGAAUGGUGGAUUGUUGGUUGCUCUUCUUUCUCUCUCUCUCUCUUUUCUCUCUGUUUCUCUGUCUCUCUCUCUCUCUCUCUCUCUCUCUCUCUCUCUCUCUCUC